ACGCGUUGUGCAGACUGCAUGUUUCACCCAUCUAGUUAUUUGCACGAUUUUAUCUUCAAAUUCGGAAGUUAGAUGUCACUACUAUUACUGCGAUCUCCGGGUUGUGGCAUUACAUGUAUGGAACUUCUAUCGUAACUCGUGUUUAUGCACGAUAUGACUCGUACAGUCGUUGACCGAUAUCGACCGCGUAAGAGUGACCCCCGAAUGACCUAACAUUUUCUCACCGUGAUAUCGUCUGCAUACUCGCCAUACGAUGCCAUUUGCUGGUGCUGACAUAUAGCUACAAAAUGAGUAAAUUAGAUGUUUUAUAUCGAAGUUUAGUUCUGUCCAAGUUUUUCACCCGUGGUUGGGGCAAGCCAGAGAGUCUGAAACGAAUAUUUGAGUUUCAGAAAGUUGUUGGCAGUAGAGAAACUUGUCAGCAUCUUGUUGACAAAGACUAUCCUAUCUAUGUUGAUAAGGAUGAAACUCGUGGUGAAUGCCGAAUAGUUGAGGGACAUUUUCUCUCACCAUUACAAGUACAUCUACCUGGCAUCAUGCCAAAAGAAGGUGAAAUUGCAAAAUUUCAGUUCAUUUUACCAAAGACAUGGAAAACUAGGCAUAAACCCGUGUGCAUUCACCUCGCUGGCACUGGUGAUCAUUACUUUUGGAGAAGAAGAACCAUGAUGGCUAGACCGUUAUUGAAAGAGUAUGGAAUUGCUUCACUUCUAUUGGAAAAUCCUUACUAUGGUACUAGGAAACCAAAAGACCAACUUCGUUCGAGUUUACACAAUGUCAGUGACCUGUUUGUAAUGGGCGGUGCUUUAAUAUUAGAAUCGUUAGCUCUUCUUCAUUGGUGUGAACGUCAAGGAUUCGGACCUCUUGGUUUGACUGGUAUUUCUAUGGGAGGUCAUAUGGCGAGUUUAGCGGCAACCAAUUGGAAUAAGCCCAUAACUUUGAUACCAUGCCUGUCUGGAACCACUGCCACUCCCGUGUUCACAAGGGGUGUCUUAUCAAAUGCUAUUCCAUGGAAACUGUUACAAACACAGUACGAAUGCGAUAAUGUAUAUAGUGAAGAGAUCACUAAACUAAUACAUAUGCCAGGGAGUGACUCCUUUGAACUUGGUCAAAAGUUUGUUAGAAAUUAUCCAGAAACUGUGAAACAUUUCAGAACCUUUAUAAAGGACAAAACAACAAUGAAAAUUAGGAAUAAGGAAAGCAGUACAGAUCAGGGCAUUUCAGUAGGAAAACUAGAAAUUGAACAGUCAAUUGAAAAACACCCAGAGAUGUUUGACAUAACCACCCUUGUGGAGUCUAAAAGAUGUGCAAAGGAAAUGGCCAUGGCUGGCGGUGUGGUUCAUGACGCCCACAUGACAGACACCAAACAUGUUCGGUAUGAUAAUGCUGGAGCCAAUGGGGAUAAUUCUGAUCUCAGUGAUCAAGAGACUGUUAAGAACAGAGCAAAAAAAAUCUCAGAAACAGUAGAACUAAAACCCAAACUGAAAAAGGGAAAGGAAAUAAACACAGGAUGUAGCAGCCUUGAAAGAAGGUACAAGUACCUCAACGAGCAGACUACACAUUUUAUGAGAGGUGUGAUGGAGGAGGCUACUUCUCUUACUAACUUUUCAUUGCCAUUGGAUCCAAGUCUUGUUAUUUUUGUUUCUGCUACUCAAGAUGCGUAUCUUGUACCUGAACAUGCUCCAAGACCGCAAGACAUCUGGCCUGGUAGUCAGGUUCGCUAUCUGAAAUGUGGACAUAUACAUGCAGCGCUCUUGAAGACGCAUGAAUUCAGGAAAGCCAUUAAUGAUGGGUUUAGUAUGUUGAUAAACAAAUACUAUUAAUAUGAUGCAGAUUCGCAAAUACAAAGAAUAUCAGGAUGGUAAACUCAGGACACUUGCACACUGACAAGGCUGGAUUAUAAUGUGUAAAUGAUAAAUACAUCAAUCUUCACAAGUUCAGUAUUUUGAAAGGAGCUAGCACAUAUCUACAUUGCUAUUUGUAUUGCCUUAUAAGGGUAUAACCUUGAAUAUAAGGACCCCAAGAAAACCAUCUUGAAGUAUGUAAUCAACUUGUGUCUACCUACUACAAACCACAUAUCACAUUGGACAUGUUACAAGCUGAACUGCCAUUCUUCUUAUUGAACUGUCUGUGAAUAGCCGCCUUUAUGAUACACUGGAAUAUUAGCAUUAUUAUUUGGUGUGUACAUUUCCAAUUUGGGAUCUAUCGAUGCAUAAAAUUCUUUGGUAAUGAACAACAUGUUGUCUUUGGCACUGGUGGUAGGUAGCAUGUAACUUAGAUCACAGCUAAGUAAUAGGGAUUGGAAAAUCUGAAAUUAACCAGCUCACCACAAGUCUUUCUUGUCCAAAUUUUCGCACUUUUUUCUUUAUAUUCUUCAAUAUUUCUGGAAAUGAACCCUAAUUUUUAGAGCCAACAAACCAACAUUUUAUUCAAUUUUCAGUUUUUACUCCAAUAAUUUGGCAAUUUUUUGUCGCAAUCUUCUGAAGGAAAGGGCAGACUAUAAACAGAACUAUUUUAUGAAUUUGCGAUGAAAAGAGGGACCUGGUAGUGAAAAUGUUAAAUUGCACUUUAGAAUAAGAUCGAUUCAAUAUCCCUUACAUGUUCUUGCUGUUAUACUUAUUGAGAUUAUUUAACAUAAUUUGAUUAUUUGAAUAACUGGUAUAUAGAGAACGUGGUAUUUUUCAGACAUCUAACAAUGUAAUUUCCCAACUAUACUUUUAAUUGAUGUGAUUACGGUAGUUCUACUUGGCAAUUUUUGAAAUCUACUAUUUUAUCCAGUAAAAUUACUGGUAGUGCACAAUGUUUUUUUCCUUUCUAGUUCACUUUCCAUGUAACAGGAUUAUUAGAUGACCUUUUCUUGUAUUUGGUUUUCACAGCUGACUGUUGUCUACUUAGAUUGGCAAUAUAAUAUGGAUAAGU